ACAUGCAAACACAGAGUAAAUAGUCAGCAAUUUAGGCCCCUCUUUUACUUGCAUUUUUUUGAUAAGAGAAUUUGAUGAUUUCAUUAAUUUCAACACCUUCCGAAUAAUAGACGUGUCAUUAUGUCAUUCUUUUUUCAAGUCAUUCCCACUCUCUUCUUCUUCCUCUUCUUCUCCCUAUAAUUACUUCUCUCACCAGAAGUCUCUUUCUCUCUCUCUAUCUCAUCAAUUUUGCUCCCAAUAAUUGUAUCAAGACAUUCAUAGCUAGCCAUGGGUGAGAAGGUGACGAUCAUGGUGCUCAAGGUUGAUCUCCAAUGUCCUUGCUGCUACAAGAAAGUCAAGAAAAUUAUCUGCAAAUUUCCCCAAAUUAGAGACCAGGUUUACAAGGAGAAGGAAAACAAGGUGGUAAUCACUGUAGUAUGUUGCAAUCCUGAGAAAAUUCGAGACAAAUUAUGCUGUAAAGGUGCAAAAGUCAUCAAAAGCAUCGAAAUCCUUGACCCUCCCAAGCCCGAGCCCGAGAAGCCCAAGUCCAACAAUCCUGAGAAGCCCAAGCCCGAGCCCGAGAAACCCAAGCCCAACAAUCCCGAAAAUUCCAAGCCUGAUAAGAAAGUCACGUUCAAGGACCCACCAGAGAACUCGGAAAAGCCCAAGCCUGCUCCAAAACAGGAGCAACCUAAACCCCCGGCCUCGCCUGUCCCCAUCCCCAUCCCGGUACCGGCACCGACACCAGCCCCAGCACCACCUCCGCCGAUAUUAGGGCCGGGGCCUUGCGAGUACCCACCGAUUUCCCCGGGGAGGAAUUGCUGCGGGCCGUGCUCGCAAGGAUAUGGUGGGGGGCCAUGUUACUUCGGGCACGGGCCACCACCGCCACCGAUGCCGCAACCAUGCUUUGAUGGUUACUAUGCGUACGGGUGCCAUGAUAGGCCAUGUCACGUGACGAGAUGUGAUUACUACUUUAGCGAGGAGAAUCCCCAGGCAUGCUCGAUCAUGUGAUAUGUGUACAUUUUUCAUUUUAUUGUUACGGUGUGAAGGGUAUACAAAGAAUCAUCAUUAUAUCGUCAAUCGAUCUUUAAAUUUCUGUUUAUUUGAAAAUAAAGUAAACAUAUUCAAUUUCAUGCUGCCAAUUGUACUAAUAAAAGUAGCUGAAUAAUUUAUUGGUUUUGGAAUUAUAUUAGGUGGUUGUUAUUGUUCUGUGUCUUGUGAUGGAUUAUAGUACUUUCAUUGAAAUAAAUGUACCCCACUUUUUUGUC